AUUAAAUACAAACCAUUAUAACGCCAUCUAGUGACAUUGUCACUAAGUUCAUUGUGUCUAUUCCCGAUGUAAAAUUGUUAUCUAUGUCUCUCUCCAAAGUAAAAAUGUUUAAGUAAAAGGGCCUUUUUCUAUUUUCAUAUAGUUGUCACACAAAUUGAUAUUGAAUAAUAUCAAAUUAUAAUAGGUUAUGGGCCCAGACAUCUUUGUCAUAAUUAAAAGUAACGAAAAUUAUAAUACUUUCCGAGAUUAAAGAAGAUUAAGUUCGACAUAACCUAUACGAGCCGAAAUUGCCGGCUGCCGCGUGCUCAUAAUUUUAUUUUCAGCGAUUUCAAAUACAAUAUUAAAAUGAGUGGAUCAUUAUCGACAAUAAAUAUCGAAAAAUUGAUUGGGAGAGAAAAUUACUCCACUUGGAAAUUCGCAGUUAAAAAUUACCUGGAGCAUGAAGAACUGUGGGAAACAAUCGAACCCGGCCCUAAUUAUGUAGACGAUAAGAAGCGUGAUACUAAGGCAAAAUCUAAAAUUAUCCUUCUGGUAGAUCCGACGAUUUAUGUCCAUGUUCAGGAAGCUACAACAGCUAAGGAAGUAUGGCAAAAUCUACAAAAGGUAUUUGAUGAUUCAGGUCUUACGAGAAAGUUGGUACUUCAAUGGAUGAGAACUCUUGGUAUGUGGACUCCGGUGCCUCAAUGCAUAUGUGUAGAAAUUAUGAAUGGCUGUAUAAUGUAGCUCCAAGUCCUGUCCAAAGUAUUAAAGUGGCAAACAACAAU